AUGAGUUUCUUUAUGAUGGGAUACACUAAACCUCAAGAUCAAAGCACAACAAGGAAGAAGCUUUUAUGUCAAUGUUACACAUGUUUGAGACCUUUGCUUGGUGGAGGAGAGCAGAUGAUCUAUAAGUUCAUUUUGCUGAGAGCUGGAAUUAGAUGCACCAGAAAACGCGAGACGGAUGAGUCGUCAACGAGAGAAAGUAUCAAUCUCCCAACGAAAAAUAUGAAACUUGUGAGUGUGUUGAAGAUGGGUCGAAACAUGAAAAAAACUUUGAGCAAGAACAAUGAUGCUGACGAAAAGAAACUUUUGCCCAUUACACUGCUUGAGAACGAAGAUGAUGUUGUGAUCAAACAUGAAGGACAGUCAAGAGGGAAUAGGCGAGCAGCUAAACAAGGGAGGCAUACAUCUAAGUUUUGUCUGCAUCCAGCUGGUGAUACUCCUUCUGCUUGCAGAUUGUUUGAUUCCAUCUCGAGUUUUUGUGUCCCGGUGAUUGUAAGCGAUGGUAUCGAGCUACCUUUCAAAGAUGUUAUAGAUUACAGAAAGUUCUAUGUGUUUUUGAGGAGUGAUGCGGCUUUGAAGCCCGAGUUUUUGGUUAAGAGGUUGAGAAAAGUGAAGCCUCAGAAGAUUUUGAAGUACCAAAAGGCUAUGAAAGAGGUGAGACGAUACUUCGAUUAUACGCAUCGCAAUGAAACUAUGAACGAGAUUUGGAGGCAAGUUACUCAGAAGACACCCUUAAUCAAACUUAUGAUCACUCGUGAAAAGCGAAUGAUUAAGACAGAAUCAAACGAAGAGCAUUCUUGCGAUAAAUCUGAGAAGCCGCCCCCUCGGGCUAAGUUCUCGACUGGCACUGAUGAACUCAUGAUGUUGGCUUUGGCUCUGUCAUGGCGGGUUGUUUUCGGACUUGGUGGUUUUGGCGUGAGAUGCAAGCACAGUGAAGAAGAAAUAAGCAAUUUAAUGUCACAGCUUUACACAAUAUAUAUCAUCUACAAUAAUAACAACGGAAAAGGGCCACUUUUGGUUUGCUUUGCUUUAAGACCACAGAGUUUUAAAAUAUUCUUUAUGAUGGGAUACACUAAAACUCAAGAUCAAAGCACAACAAGGAAGAAGGAAAACGCGAGACGGAUGAGAGUCGUCAACGAGAGAAAGUAUCAAUCUCCCAAUGAAAAAUAUGGAACUUGUGAGUGUGUUGAAGACGUUAAUUGCUUGGGUCGAAACAGGAAAAAAACUUUGAGCAAGAACAAUGAUGCUGACGAAAAGAAACUUUUGCCCAUUACACUGCUUGAGAACGAAGAUGAUGUUGUGAUCAAACAUGAAGGACAGUCAAGAGGGAAUAGGCGAGCAGCUAAACAAGGGAGGCAUACAUCUAAGUUUUGUCUGCAUCCAGCUGGUGAUACUUCUUCUACUUGCAGAUUGUUUGAUUCCAUCCCGAGGUUUUGUGUCCCGGUGAUUGUAAGUGAUGGCAUCGAGCUACCUUUCAAAGAUGUUAUAGAUUACAGAAAGUUCUAUGUGUUUUUGAGGAGUGAUACGGCUUUGAAGCCCGAGUUUUUGGUUAAGAGGUUGAGAAAAGUGAAGCCUCAGAAGAUUUUGAAGUACCAAAAGGCUAUGAAAGAGGUGAGACGAUACUUCGAUUAUACGCAUUGCAAUGAAACUAUGAACGAGAUUUGGAGGCAAGUUACUCAGAAGACACCCUUAAUCAAACUUAUGAUCAAUCGUGAAAAGCAAAUGAUUAAGACAGAAUUAAACAAAGAGCAGUGUUCUUGUUUAUGCUCAAACAAUACUGUUGAAUGUGCACAAAAUUCAUGGCGAAUCAUGAACCAAGUCGGAAGGUCAUGCGAUAAUUCUUGCGAUAAAUCUGAGAAGCCGCCCCUUCGGGCUAAGUUCUCGACUGGCACUGAUGAACUCAUGAUGUUGGCUUUGGCUCCGUCAUGGCGGGUUGUUUUCGGACUUGGUGGUUUUGGCGUGAGAUGCAAGCACAGUGAAGAAGAAGUUGGUUUUCUGUUUUUCUUGUUUUAG